GUAACAAGCAAGACGAAGGAAGAGCGAGAAACGCGGGGGUGACGACGACAACGACGACGGAGGGCGACGUCGGUGCGCUGUCGCUCGUUUCCUCGCCAUCGUAUGCCAUCCUUACGAUGUGACGGAUCACGAAGAGAAUUCUGUACCAUCCCUUUCGCGCCUCUUCCGAGAGAGAAGAGCAAGAACACUUUCCUCGCAUCGCUAAAAUAUUAUAUAUUCGGGGCAUGGCGAUUUAAAACAACGGUGGACGACCGUCAAUCCCCGUGAGAAAUCGAUCGACGACCGGCAGUGACAUUGGCCCGGAAGCAUUCGUCAUGGAAUACCGGUACGGCAGCACGAGAUGCGAAGACGACCCGCUGGAGAAUGAGAAGGGCAUCGGUGUUGCGGGCUCUUCGAAGCGCGGCACGUCGCACACACGCGGCACCGCGAUGUCCUUCGGUUUCAGGCGACGACCCACCAGCGGGAUUCCUAUGCCGAUAACGAACUAUGUCGCCGGUACUACUAACGAGAAGAGCCUGCUGCAUCCACGAUCAAAGUCGGCCGGUCCGGAGCAGGAUCGCAGACGGAUGAUGGACGAUGAUAAUAGCAAUAUGAUUCACAAUUCGUCGUCCGGUCGGUCGACACCACGGCUGGCACCGCCAAAAAAAGAUUCGAGUGGUAUCGGCGUCAGGACAAAUCGCUUUGGCUAUCGGCAGCCGCAAGCGAGAUUCACGAACAAGGUUGGUGACAUCUGCAGCAGCCACAGCAUCAGUCACUACAAUCAGGAGAAGCUGCAGCAAUAUUCGCAGCAACAGCAGCAGCAACAACAAGAGAACUACUUUGUCAAACAGCAACAACCAAACAGAGUCGUUGCGCAUGUGCCACAGCAUUUGUGCAGCACGACGGUACCAGCAAAAUCUCGCUCGCCGCAAUCGAAUAACAUGGCUUACGGCGGCAAUUCGAUGAUGCAACACACAGACGCGAACAAACGAAUCUCAGGCAUUCCAGAACCCAUUAGUAGGUAUACGCUGCACACCAGUCAUCUGCCGCUACCUCAAUAUGCCGUACGGAUAAACGACUCGAAUUCCAAGAUCGCCAAGACUGCAGCAAAUCAAAGCAGAAAGAUAUCUACGUCGAAAGGCUCAUCCAGUUCGAAAGAAGGUUCGGUGACUGAGGAUUCGGGUGUCAGCAGCCAGCCGAUCGGUCUGGAGGAUAACGAUAGAAUCAGAUCGAUGGAUUACAUGGAUGAUGCUUCUUUGAGGAGACGCGGCGUCGGCAGACCAAGAAACUUGCGCAUGGUGGUAUCCGGCAAAAGCUUUGACGUGAGAGACGUCCGUGACGACGACAGCACUGUCACGGAAAUUUCGGUGAUCCCGUUGCCCAAAUCUUUCGCAACUGCUGCGAUGAGUCUAAAUACUGGCUUUGUGCGAGAGCGAGCUACGCAAUAUCAACGAAUCGUUAACAAGGACAAUAGAUACACCGACUCGACCGCGUCAAUGUCCACUACGUCCUCAGAGGGCUAUGACGAGGGUUGUCUGAGUGAGGAGAAGGUUUACAAAGAUCGAUCGCGUACAGAAAAGGUCCCGUCCAUCAAAUCAGACUUUAGCCCUCCCAGUUCGGACGAUCCCGAAUAUGGACACGGUGAAGCUAUGGCAGACGAAUAUUCGUUAAGUUCCAGCGACGAAUAUCAGCGUACCAACUCCAUUAUUGCUCAGCACGCGCAAGCAAUCACCGCUGCUACGAAAAGCGGUGCAACAUCGAAGAACGCUCUACGUUCGGUGUUGCUCACCAUCGAGGAUCCCGCAUUCGCUGCUGCCGCUGCUACAACAACCACUUUAAUAGAUGACGAAACUUCACCAGUUGACAGCCUAUUUGACAGUCCUACCGCCAGCAUUACGCAGUCGGAUGGAAAGCCCUCGAAGAGGGAUGAGGAACACGCGCACGAGCGUUCGGACAACACUCUCGAGGACGACGGUCCGGGCACGCCGACGAACGCCUCCAACUCGCUCAGCUUGUCCGAGGGUAGAGAGUUCUUCGACGAUGAAAUCGCAGAUCAACCCGGAUUGAUCUUUGAUGACAACAACCCGAGAGCGAGAAUCGAAACGCAAUCCGCUAUGGGAGGUCAAGUAAUCACCGAGAAUAGCCAUACUCUGAUUGAGACGAAUUCUAAGAAUGGAGUGCAUAUCAAAGGCGUAAUGAAUAGUCCUCAUCACGGGCAACGUUUGCAUCGAGCAGGCAGUGUAGAUACUUUAUCGCCCUGUGAAUCCAUUGCGUCGGAUGAUUUAAUGUUAGAUUACGACGGCAGCGACGCAAGCUCUUACGAGGAACAACAGCGAUUAAAUUCCAAUCCUGCGUUGCACGAACUGGAUGACGCAACUAUAAUUUCCGAGCUGGAAGCUCAGGGCGAAGAAGUGAUGAGGCAAUGGAGUUCGUUGCUGAACACUGCGCAUAUGGAGGAAGUGAAUUCCAAUUCCGCCAACAACAAUUCCAUCAACAGCGGUAACAUUAACAAUCAGGCCACCACCGAAUCCGGAAUCGGAAGUGACAGGAUGUCAAGGCUAUUACGCAGUAGAUCGGGAACGGAAUCGCCUCGUUCGUUAGACAACAUGCGCAAUCGUCAAGUUUCUAGUCCUAUGAGAACGUCAGGAAGUGUAUCAUCCUCGUGCGUCGAUUCCGGUGACGAGGCCAGUCUCAGGAUAGACCGCGGCACAUAUCAGUACAUGUUCCAGGACAUCGUCUCCAUAAAGACGAUGCUCCUGAAGCUCAAACGAGUUCUUCAGGAGUCAGGAGAGAACGAUUUGACGAGGACAGAAACUCUCAACCCAUUCGAUAAUCCGAAGAAUGGCCUCUUCUGUAACCUGAACGAGGGUGGAAGUAACAUGACUGACGUGAGCACAUCACCGGGAAGUGGUGGUAGUAGUAUUGCGGACGAAUUGGCGGAUCUGAGAAGGCAAGUGGUGUUCCUUCAGGGUCAAGUGGAGGACCGAGAUCGCACCAUACAAGUGCGGGAUCGUACCAUCGAACUACUUGAGGUAAAUAACGAGCUCCAGAUGUCCAAGCUUCAAGAACCUAAGAAUACUCAAAGCUGUACUUUGUCGACACGCAACAUCAACGUCUCCUCUGGAGAUACUUGUAACGCCGCUACUCAAACAGAGAAGACACGUCCAGUAUCGGCGGGACCCUCGCUCCUACAGUCACUCCCACAAGAUGGUGUCAUGGGGCCUCUCGUUAGUUGGAGUGACUCGUUGGAUCGUCAGCGACCAUCACUGCUCUCCGAGCUUAAUUCCGCCGGGAGCCAUCGCAAGCCAAUCGAACGUUUACCUCAUACGCUAAGACUCCGUCAAGAACAGACUCCGACACGUCGCAUCAACAUGCAUGCGAGAAGACACUCGUCAGAAUGCGUGUCCGGCUCGCCCACCAAGCCGAAGAAUUGUAUAAAAUCGCCAUGCGAUUUGAACAACGCAGAACAACGUGACGCUAAGAUAGAAGGAAACACUGUCAAGUCUCUCAUUCCGACACCUAGAAAACUACGGCUUUAAUGACACGCUGAUUAUAUCGAUUUUCUUUGCGUAUAGCAACGUUUCUUUUCGUUCCAGACGUCCGUAUCCUUUAAUUAAAUUCUAAAGUACAAAAAACAAAACCUUUGAAAGACAUUGAUCUCUUUAUGGACAAAUCAUUUACAUGAAAUGUUUUAUUUGAUUUUUCAUUCAGUAAACCUAAAACGCCUAAAUCGAGAAUGAGUCUGUAAUUAGAAUGAUUAUGGACUUAUUCAGGUUUACUGAAUGAAAAAUUAAAUAAACAUUUCGUGUGAAUAAUUUGUUCGUAAGGAGAUCAGUAUGCCUUUCAAAGAUUUUCUGUAUUUUAGAAUUUAAUUUGUAUAUAAUUACUCAAUCGUAUUUUCGCCAGACUGAUUCGGACGUCCAAGAUAUCGUAAAAUGAUCUCGUUUUAUCUGCUCGUACUCGUAAUUAGUUCUCUGCGCGACAUAAUGUUCACGUCUUACGCGUUAACAAUGAUGUAUGUUAUUUGAUAUUAUGCGUCUGAUAUAAUUCGCCAUAAUAUUUAUGUAAUGUGGUGCAGAGAGUGUCGCGCGUAGCCAUCUAUUCCUGAGGAUAUUUCGGACAGUGUGUAAUUCGCGUCCACGCGCAUUAUAGGUAUGGAUACACUUAAUUGUUAAUAUUAGUAAAUUUCAUUUCUUCACUUAAACGUAAAUUUAUCGAGCAAAUUUUCUUUCUAUAGCUAAUUCGCUGUAAUCAAACGAAAAUUAGACGCAGUUAAUCAUUGUUAAUAAUCACAAAAAAGCGUUGUAUUUUAUUUGUCAUUGUCAUUCAAAGAUAUCGCAAAUACGUUUGGAUAAUUUUGAGAAAGUUGCAUGAAUGUAACUUCGGUUUGUGGAUAUACCUUGUGACAAAUAGAUACGGAUUAUAAUUAGUGAAGUCAGGGUAUUAUGUAAAUUCCAGAUAAUUUUAAUUUAUUGUGUGCUUGGUAUAUGCUUGGUGCUAGUAAGU